AUGAGUGCCACCCAGGGUCCUAGUCCUUCACCAGACUGGAGAUCGGACAGCCCGGAUCCAGCAGGAAGCAACCAUUCUACCUGCCAAAGUCCGGAGCAGGGGCAGAAACCUGAUGCCCGGCACGGCCUAGGCAGGCGCUGGUCACCCCAUGGACAAGGGUGGGAGCAAGCACCUGCUGCCUUGACUUUUAAAAACACUCUCCUUGGUUUGCAGGACCGCCAGGAUCCGCAAAGAGCAUAUGGCUACUGCUCUGCUGUCACCAGCCCCAAGGCUUUAGCAGCCCUCAGCGCCUGGCCCUUGUGGCUGCUCAGGCUGGAGCCAGAAGGAGGGGUCUGCACAGCGAGCAGGGCGCUUCUGGCGGGGGCAGGGGUAGCUGCCUUCUCUUCUGCUGUCCGCUGGGGGCAGGUGGCAAGCCAGGGUACCGGAGAGGGGUCUGAGCGUCCACCUGCCGUUAGUGCCUCUUCUUCUGGAGCCUGGCCCUCCUCUGUGUGCAUGAUCCCUGGGCUGGCUUUUUAUGCUCCUCCCCAUCCAUCCACCAGGCAGGCAGCUCUGUGUGUGGCAUCAUGUUUGACCUACACCGGCGCAGACCACCAUGAAAACAGCCACAGGAAGGUAAGGGCAGUGCCUUUUCGACCACAUCUGGGCAGAGAUUUGGUUGCAAGCUAUCGAGGCAACCAGAGUGGCACCUGGCAACCUCCUUUUGAAAGGAGAGGCUUCUGUGAACUGGGAAAGGGCUCCGGCUGCAUCCCGCUCACCAGGGUUGGCAAGCUGCAGGGAUUCGGGCUGCUGUCCCCGGACAUCCUGUCUGCAGGGGAGCUGGAAGAGCAGGUGUUCUCACCCCACUCUGUAGCCCAGAGGAGGGAAGAGAUGCUUGACCUGGGAAGUUGCCAAAAACUUCCCACAUGCCUGUACCGCACAAUAACCACCUGACAAGUUGUCUCCAGACAACCGGCUUCCCAGGGCCCGUGAAAGAGCACCCAAGUUAAAAGGACACGGGGCCGAUUUAUGUGGCAGUCAGAUCUUAAGAGGCCAGCACAACUGGCAACUGAGGCUGAAUGAGGGCAGUGGGCUUGCGCAUGCCGAGUGCCAGCUGUACCGAAGGGCACCCUUGUGCCCAUGGGCCUGCACCCCUUCAUGGGGCUGCCUUCCCAACCUUCCCGUCUCCUUUCCGGGGUCUUCUCACCAGCUCAAUGGAAGCAGCCAGCUGCAUGGUGACCGCUCCCUCACCUGCCCACACAGCCGGCCGAUCCUUAACCCUUUUCUGUCCCUAAGGGAACGCACACUGCGUUGUCUUUGCCUUUGAACAAAAACCACCUGACCAGAAUAGGCUUUGCUGUUUUCCUCCCACCCCGGCCCGUUCCCGACAGCCUUACCAUCUGUAGCACAGCUGUCCCCACGUGUCGGGUGGUCGCCGGCCCCUCCCUGUGGCUCUGCUCCAAGGUUGCCCUCCAAAGGUGAGGAGCAAGGAGAGUCGCUAACUUUGUUACAAUACUACUGAGAAGAAAAAUAAUACUGCUAUUCUUUUCAAAAGGAAAGCUUUUCUAAUAAAAUUUACGAUUUUUGUUAAUAUUCUGAUUAUAAACCAAACGUUGGCAGCCAUAUGUAGGUAUGUUUGCUAUGGACAGGAUUCCGAGGUCAUACUUGCAAAGACAACUUUAGAAUUAGUUUAAAUAAACCAAUACAUUUUCUCAGAAAUUGUAUAAUUUCCUUCGGUUUACAAUCCAUGAUCUGGGAAGUUUAAUGUAAUGUUAAAUAAUUUACUUUCUACCCUAAAAGUAAACUAUAGAAAACUGAAUCACUAUUAGGAUUGAAUAACAAGGCUUUAACGGCUCAGUGGUUUUUCUUAAGAGUAUAUAAAUAUAUAAAUCUUGAAAAGGUAACACUGUUAGUUGAGCUGUAAAAUCCAUAAAAAUAACAGUUCUGCCACAGUGCACAGACCAGUUCAUUCGUUUUGCUUCCCCCACCCCCCAACCAAGCAGCUUUCCGGUUAGAAGUGGAAGACAGAAAAUCAUACAUCCUAUGUGAAAUAAUGAACAUGGUAGGAAACGGUGUGCAAAAAAUAACCUUUAAAAUUCCAUACUCCAACAUCACAGAUGCCCAGCAAGAGGACUUUCAACUGGUUUAAUGAAUAUUCGGGCUGAUCUCCACAUCCUCCCACAGUGCUGUCCGCAGACUCAGAGCCCAGGUCUUAUGCUGCAACGGGGAGAGUGGUCUUCGGUCUGGAACAGGACGGGGGUGGGGGGGAGGGGUCCCCUAGCCGACCUGCUGAAGGGUGCCUUGAAGAAGGGCCUGUCAGUUGUGUGCAGGAGCUUCCCGAAGGUACUGGGGAAAAUCCCCGGCGUGGCCUGCGACCUGCUCCUCCAUUCUGGCCAUGCCGGCACCCAUCUCCGACAAAGGCCUCAAGUCCGGUGACCUUGCUGUUAGACCUUCCGUUGCUCGGUGGCCUCUGCGUCAAAGCGAGGCACGCCCUCCCAACGUGGCAGGAGCUGCUGUGCUCGGCCAGCACAGCCACACACUCGUCUACCCUAGUGAGCAGGUCCGGAUUCCAGACUCACAUCCCGAGUGUCAACCUUGGGCUGCCUCCUGGCUUUGGGCAGCAGGCAGGUGGUGCAGCCCAAGGCACGGCAGGACAUCCGGGUCCCCCUCAUCCUCCCAUGGUCCUGAGGAGCUGCUGUCCCCAUUCCAGGCAGCGCCCUGGGCCUUGGCCUCCUCAGGCCCCUCACACAGUGGCCUGCAGGGCGACCCUCCAUGGCCCACAGCAGCCUGGCUUGCCCAAUGCUGCUAUUUCUAACAUGAUCCCCUGUAUCUUGGAGGCUGGGCUGUGUUCCCAGCCACGGGCAACAUGCCCUUGUGCUGUGUCCUCUUCCUUGAGCAGGGGGGGACCCUCUCCAGGCAGGUCCUGUGCUCCUCUGCCCUGGCUCCAGGGCCAAACCGUGGGGGCAUCUACCCCCACCCCUGCCCGGCUGGGGUUUUAAAGCUACAGGACAAUGUAAACUUGGGUUUGUUUCCCUGGCCCCAUGAGGCUGCUGCGGUUCCUUAGAGCCUCCUGUGCCACAGGCUGAGGCAGCCUCUCUCCAAGGGGCUGCAGCCAUGGUCCUGGCCCCACAGAUGGAAAGCUCCAUCUCCAGAAGUCAGGACCAGAGGUGUGUGCUUAAUUAAUUUGAGACACAGUACAGUGUUUGCCUUCCCCCAGAGCUGGGGCACGGAGGCCCCAAACAGUAAAACAACUCAUUAAUGGCUUGGUUUUGUCUAGCAGUCACUGCUGGAAUCCAGGCUCCAGGCUACGGGGCCAGGAAGGCUGCCACGACAGGCCACUUCUCAAGAACCCGGCUCACGGCACUCCACGAGGUGCAUGGCACCCGCUGCUCUCAACGAGGCUGGCACACAACUAGAGGCGGUUGUCCCCGUUGACCCGAGUCCUUCGUGGGGCCCUGGACACAAGGAGAGAGUGUCCUUACCGGCAGUGGGGCCUCAGAGUGCAGUGGGACAGUCCAAAGCCAGACAACUGUAACUUCCACCCACCCAGGAGGCAAGAGAAGGACCCGGAGGGGCAGCAAGCACUUCUUCCCAUCGCUCCCACAAUCCCCCACCUCCAAGCUGCACACUGGCCACCCAUCCUCCAGCCCCUCACCUCCGUUCCCGACUGUCAAAAUGGUCUGCCAGAUGCUCUUGGGAGAUACGAAAGUCCUCAAACGGCUGCUGGUAGCGGGCUUCAAAGGAACCUUCCCGGCCCCGGCCAUGGAACAGCUGGCCCGAGGCAUCGGAGCCCCGCUCCCGCAGAGACAUACUACUGAAGGGACUGACGUCACCAUUCUCCUGCUUCAACAAGGGCGGUGCACGAGAGAUCAGUGCCUCCCCAGGGCCUUGUGAGGCUGCUGCCUGGCUCCUCCCCAGCCCCCCUUCCUCGUGCUCACCUUGGCAGGGAAAACUUCGAUCUUGAUGAGCAGGGAGGCCAGCUCCAGGUCCUCACUGUAGUUGUUCUUCAAAGGCACAGCUCUGUAUCCUAGGAGGAGAAGGCCUGGCCCUCAGCCCAGGAGGGAGCCAAGCAGGGGCCUGCGCCCCCCGCCCCCCACCCCGUCCCCAAGCUAGAUCCUGGGCAUUGUCUCCAGGAAGGAUCCUCACCUGCCUUCAAGCCCUUCACUGGGAAGGUGGCCUGAGCCAGGAAGUUCUGGUCACUGAACAUGUCCUCCUCAUACACCACAAAGCGCAGGAAGGCGAAUUCCGGGUUACUGAUCUGGAAGUGGAAGGGCUUGGCGGGCCAAACAGGGUUCAGUCCGUUGUCCACUGCAAAAGUCAGGGCAGAAGGCCUCAGGCCACCACCAAGAGAGGACAGGGUCACUGGCGUGGUUGAGUGGGGAAGGCAGACCUACCCACAAAUUCUGUCUUCUGUUUGAUGCUGUCAUACUCUGCUCCGGCCACCUCAAUCUCCACAAAAGGACACACGAUGCCUCGGCCAUUCUUCGGCAGGUGCCGGGCCCCCAGCACCUGUAAGGCAGGGUAGAGAUGGACUGGGGGACUGUCCUUUCCACUCCCUCCAAGUCCUCACUAUGCAGUGGAGGCAGUGCGCCCUCUGCUGGGCCCCAAGGACACGGCCCACUAAGUGGCUCAUGGCAUCAGGGCCCUGAGCAGUGGUACUGGAAGAAGCUUCAGCCAAACUUCUCGUGGGAGUUUCUGCAAUCUACUUCAUCAAACGCA